AUGUCGGGGACAGGGCUUGAUGAUAUCGUCAAGAGGCUGACGGUUCAAGAAACUGACCCUAAACUCAAACUUGAAGCUGCCACCACACUGCGAGAUAGCUUGGACCAUUACACCAAUGGCCCUCACUAUGCCGUGUUUCUCAAGCGGAUGAUGCCGCUGUUCAUCAUCAUCCUUAGAGGACCAUGUAUAUUCCAAAGCACAUCACCGGAGCAGAAACUUCGGAAUUGCGUCCUUGAAAUCCUCCACCGGCUACCGACGCACCAAACACAGACUUCGCCCGAGCCCUUCGAGCCGUAUGCUGAAGAGAUCGUUGACAUAUUAAUGAGCCUAGUUCGGAAUGAUAACGAAGACAAUGCUACGCUAUGCGUUAAGAUAAUAUCGGAUAUUAUGAGGCACCAACCCAAAGUGCUCCAUGGGAAGGUUCAACCGUUUCUGGACUUGAUCCAAGAACUUUUUGAGCAGAUGGAGAAAGUUGUGAAAGAGCAGCUAGACAGUACCGCCAUUCCGUUCAACGCGUCGGGUCAGCCAUCGACACCUGGUAGCACCCAAACAAAUUUCCAGUCGCCUCGGCCGGGGUCGCCAGUCGCUUCUGUCAAUGAUUUGGCUCAAGAUGCGCAGCAGCAAAACCGACCCUUGUUGAAAGGCAUGCAAUCGUUCAAAGUUCUCUCAGAAUGCCCGAUCAUUGUUGUGUCCGUCUUCCAGACAUAUAGAAAUAUCAUUCAGCAAAACGUGAAAGCGUUUGUUCCUCUAAUUAAGGCUGUUCUGUGUCUCCAGGCUAAAGCCCAGGAACAGGCCCAUGCCGAAGCGAGGGCAAGGGGUACCGUUUUUGCUGGAGUGAGCCCGAACAUAAGAAAUCGGGUGGCUUUUGGCGAGUUUAUUACAGCUCAAGUCAAGACGAUGAGUUUCUUAGCGUAUCUACUUCGCCAGUACUCUAGCCAACUCGCCGAUUUCUUGCCAACCUUACCCGAAAUUAUUGUUCGAUUGCUUAGGGAUUGUCCAAGGGAAAAGUCGGCCGCCCGGAAGGAACUGCUUGUCGCAAUUCGCCAUAUUAUAAAUUUCAACUUCAGGAAGAUAUUCCUGCCCAAGAUCGACGAGCUCUUGGAAGAGAAGACGUUGAUUGGUGAUGGAUUAACCGUGUACGACACGCUGCGACCACUGGCGUACAGUAUGCUAGCUGACUUGAUACAUCACGUUCGUGAUUCACUCUCCCCGGAACAAAUUCGAAAGACCGUCGAAGUGUAUACGAAGAAUUUGCAGGACAAUUUCCCUGGGACGAGUUUUCAAACUAUGAGUGCGAAGUUGUUGUUGAAUAUGGCAGAAUGCAUAGCCAAGAUGCAGAACAAAGUCGAUGCGCGGCAUUAUUUGCUUAUGAUUCUCAACGCUAUUGGUGAUAAGUUCGCCGCGAUGAACAGGCAAUAUCCUAAUGCUGUUAAGCUCUCUAAGCUUUAUGCGCAGCAGGCUGCUGAUCAAGUUCCUGAGACGUAUCUCGCAGACAAGGAGCACCGGCCUGAGUGGGAUGAGACAGAUAUCUUUACGGCAAUGCCGAUCAAGACGUCCAACCGUGAUCGUGGCACAGAUCCAGUGGCGGACAACAAGUUCUUAUUCAAAAAUCUUAUGAACGGAUUGAAGAACACCUUCUAUCAACUAAGGACUUGCAAUUUAGGUAUUCAGAUUGACCCCAAGAAUGCGCCCCAGCAUUGGCAAGAAGUAUCGUACGGGUUCUCCGCCGAAGAGGUUAAGGUCAUUAUCAAACUCUUUCGCGAGGGCGCCUAUGUCUUCCGAUACUACGAAAUCGAGAAACCCGCUGCUGAGUCUCAGUAUGCCUCACCAGUAGAGUACAUGGCGAAUUUCUAUAUGGUUUCCAGUAGCAAGGAAGAGAAGGAUCUUCUCGAGACCUUCGCCACAGUUUUCCACUGCAUUGACCCGGCCACUUUCCACGAAGUAUUUCAACAGGAAAUUCCCCACCUCUACGAAAUGAUCUUUGAGCAUACCGCCCUCCUUCACAUCCCUCAGUUCUUCUUGGCAAGCGAGGCUACGUCGCCAAGCUUCUGUGGUAUGCUUCUAAAGUUCCUGAUGGAGCGAAUCGACGAAGUAGGUUCGGCCGACGUAAAAAGAUCAUCCAUCCUUCUGCGACUUUUUAAGCUUGCGUUCAUGGCAGUGACGCUAUUCGCGAACCAAAAUGAGCAAGUCCUACUUCCGCAUGUUGUGGAUAUAGUUACCAAGUCAAUUGAUCUAUCCACCAAAGCCGAAGAGCCUAUGAACUAUUUCCUGCUUUUACGGUCAUUGUUCAGGAGCAUUGGUGGCGGCAAGUUUGAGCACCUCUAUAAGCAGAUAUUGCCUCUCCUAGAGAUGCUACUUGACGUUCUUAAUACUUUACUUAUGGCCGCCCGCAAGCCUGCGGAACGGGAUUUGUACGUUGAGCUCUGCCUUACAGUACCGGCACGUCUUAGCAAUCUGUUGCCGCACUUAAGCUUCUUAAUGCGGCCUCUAGUUGUCGCUCUUAGGGCCGGUACAGACCUCGUAGGCCAGGGUUUGCGAACGUUGGAACUUUGUGUCGACAACCUAACCGCAGAUUAUCUGGAUCCCAUCAUGGCGCCCGUAAUCGAGGAUCUGAUGAGUGCGCUUUUCGAACAUCUCAAGCCACAUCCAUACAGCCAUUUCCAUGCUCAUACUACAAUGCGAAUACUUGGGAAACUAGGUGGUAGAAAUCGGAAAUUCAUGACAGAGGCGCCCCCUGUUGAGUAUCAGAAGUAUGCCGAUGACCCUUCAAGCUUCGAUCUACGUCUUAUAGGAUCUAAACGGGAUCGUGCGUUUCCGGCUGAGCUUGGCAUCGACCUUGCCAUCCGUAAAUUGAUGGAAAUCCCAAAGCCUUCCAAGGUUAACACAGCUAGGCAAUAUGAUGGGUACUACAAGAAGCAGGCACUACAGUUCAUCAAGGCCCAACUAAAGUUACGGGUUGGUGCCGAUCAUCUUCCCGAUGAUUUACCCCGGUUAGUGCGUCUUCAGGCGCAAGACCUUCUCGCCCGGAAGCCUGCCGCGGAUUUUGCGAUGUUCAGCACAUCAGAUCGUGAGCGCUCUGUCGCCAAGAAAGAGGAGCAGGAUGAUGUUACGAAGCGACUCCUCAAGGCUAUCAUGUAUGCUGAAUCGAUUCCCGAAUUUCGUGAGGAGUCUGAUAUUUUCCUUAUGAAUCUCUGCCGACAUUUCACGAUUGUUGAAAUCGGGCGGGGCCUUGCAGAUAUCAAAAAGGAAAUGAGCCUCUUCGAUGUACAAGCCGGAGAGGGACCCUUGUACAUUGACACUAGGGUUCUUGCGGAUGCCAUUGUCGAAUCAUUGGCGUCGGAUCUGCCCGAUGUACGUGAUGCUGCUUUUCGGGCGAUCCGCGCGGUCUACGAUUCCACUGCGACCAUCUUCGGAUCUGAGACCCACGUUGGUCGGCUAGCGUUCUUUGGCCAUCUUAGCAGGAUUUUCUGCCAUGCUUGUUACGAAGAAGAAUGGUACACAAAGACUGGCGGCACUCUUGGUAUCAAGUAUCUUCUGGUGGAGGUCGACCUUGGCGACUUAUGGGUUGUGUCGAAGCAAAUGGAUUUCAUACGAGCUCUGAUGUAUGUGAUCAAGGACAUGCCUCAGGACUUGCCAGAAAAUACGAGAAAUUCGGCUCAAACCACACUCGAAUCCUUAUUGAGGCGAAUUACAACAAACAUGAAAAAGGAAGACGUGUUGCCUGCUCCUGUUCAACCAGGACAGCCUCAUCCUAAGCACUCGCGGCUAGCGCAGAUCUGUGUUCUCUUCAAUGAUGAGCUAUCUCACAUGAACAAGCACGUUCGGGGGACUGCAAGACGGUCGCUUGAGAUUAUUGCAAAUGCGACCAAUGUAGAAAUAUGGGAGCUUCUGCAGCCAUACAAAGAUCGGCUGUUGCAGCCUAUCUAUGCCAAACCUCUGCGAGCAUUGCCAUUUUCAACCCAGAUCGGGUACAUUGAUGCAAUUGCUUAUUAUAUGAGCCUCAAGUUCGACUUCGUCGCCUUCGAUGAUAAUUUGAACCGGCUACUUAUGGAGUCGUUAGCCUUAGCAGAUGCUACGGAUGAGUCCUUAGCGGGUAAGCAUGCUGAGUUUCGGACGCAUGAAUCUAUUGUGAACCUUCGAGUUUCUUGCAUCAAGCUAUUGAGCAAAGCGAUGGGAUUUGACGAGUUUCAGAAAGGCCAGAGUAAUCCGACACGAACCAAGAUAGUUUCUGUGUUCUUUAAAUGCCUUUAUUCAGAAUCGAAACCUACUAUUGAGGCGGCGAACGAUUCUUUAAAGGCCGUCCUUUCUCAGACAAAUAAACUGCCGAAGGAUUUGUUGCAGCAAGGCCUUAGGCCGGUAUUGGCUAAUCUUCAAGAUCCCAAACGGCUGAGCACUCACGGUCUAGAUAAUCUUGCAAGGCUUCUCCGUCUUCUUACGACCUAUUUCAAAGUAGAAAUAGGUGCGAGACUUCUAGACCAUAUUAAGGUCCUUGCGGAUCCAACCCUGCUCCAGCAGAUAUCGUUUACUUUCUUUGAACAGAAUAAUCAGAUGAAGGUAAUCGCUGCGGUAUUUAAUAUAUUCCACCUUCUACCGCCUGCUGCAGAGCAGUUUAAGGAACGGCUGAUCGACGCCUGUUUGGACCUCGAGGAGAAGCUGCGGCGAACUCAUCACAGCCCUUUCCGGGCCCCAUUAUAUAAAUAUCUCAAUCGAUACCCGGCCGAAGUGUGGAAUUUAUUAGUAAGCAAGUCGGAAGAAUUGAAGUAUGGUCGAUUCUUGUCCCAGGUCCUCCUAGAUCCAGAAAGCAAGCCCCUAAGAGAGCACGCCGCUGCCAACAUUGACGGAUUGAUAUCGACCUGCGCCCAAGUCGUCAAUGCCGGCAAGGAUACGAGAUUCGUGGCAGUCGUGAACACCAUCAAUGUUCUCCAAUCAUUGAGCCAACAUGCUAAUACCCAAGGUUGGCUAGAGCGAAAGGAUACGAUCUUGUGGCUAAGACAAGUUGGCAAAGACUUAGAACUUCACUUACGAAGAAAUAUCCUGCCACCUAGUCUACGACUCCCUGCCGACCAAGCGGCUGAGCAACUAAUGGAUAUCUUUACGAAGGCUCUAUCUCUAAAUCCAAGUGAUUCCGAGGCUCUCUUUAGCCUCGUAGAUUCUGUCACCUCCGACGAGUUGCGUGCUACACCGGCAUUGUUUGGCUUUCUCUAUAAACAUGUUAUUUGUAACGAGUCCAUCGUCUACUGGAAAACCGUCGUACUACGUUGCCUCGAAAUAUACGCCGGAAAGAGUUCUUCGCAGAAGACCAAAUGUUUCUUGCUUCGCAACGUCGUCAACCCGAUUAUUGCCAUGGAUGUCAUGCGACAUUGGCAUCAACCGGGAACCCAGAGAUUGGUGGACCGUGCAGUCAUCGAGUCUAUCAACAUGAAAAUAUGGAAAGUCAAUCCCGGAGAACCCCAGGAAGACCUAGCGCAUCCAGGCAUCGAUCACACGAGAAUGGAAGUCCUCCAACUCUCUGCGAUGCUGGUCAAAUAUCAUUACGGCAUUCUCCAAGACGCCAGGAAAGAUAUUAUUAAGUUUGGAUGGACCUACAUCAGACUGGAAGACGUGAUCAACAAGCACGCUGCCUAUGUAGUAAUUGGUUACUUCAUCGCGCAUUACGAGACUCCUCCGAAGAUUGUUACGCAGGUAUACUAUUCAUUACUAAGGACAAACCAAAAUGAAGGACGUGCCCUCGUCACUCAAGCUCUUGAACUGAUGGCUCCUGUUCUUCCACUGCGUUGUACGGCAGUGCAGGGAGACCGCGGCACCGGAGACCGCAACGCAGUUUGGGCUAUGGCACCACGUCGCAUCUUGGCCGAGGAAGGCCAGAACGUUCAGCAGAUGACAAGCAUAUUCCACUUCCUGGUUCGGCAUCCUGACCUAUUCUACGAAUCUAGAGACAAAUUUGCUGUUCUUAUCAUUACCUCUCUCCGAAAAGUGUCACCCUUCGUGUCCUCGUCGACUGAAAGCAAGAGACUCGCUUUGAAUAUGAUGUGGUUGAUCUGGCAAUGGGAGGAGAGAAGAGUAGAUGGCAAACAGAGCGAUUCCGACAGGGUCUUAUCAGAGUCACCGAACUCUAGAAAGCGAAAAUUUGACAGUGACAAAUUGAGUUCUUCGCCACCGGCUGUUCGACAGGUUGCUCAGGUCGAUAGGGCUGAGUUCCAAAUCCCUGCCGGUUAUCGUCACAAGAUGAUAAAGUAUUUGAUCGAGUUUAUUGCACAACUAAAUGAAAGGUAUCAGCUGCCGUCGGCGAAGCCGAGAGAUGCAGUUCCAACAUCCGGCUCUCCUCUUCCGUCUCAAUCUACGGAGUUAUGCAAAAAAGCAAUGGCUCUUCUUUAUAAUCUUCUACAACCACGAUAUUGGGCCGAUCUCGAUGUUGAUCUAUUCCCGAACAUCACUGAGGUUGUCCUAGCUAGUGAGAGAACCACGAAGCUUCUCGCAGCAGAUCCUUCAGAUAAGGAGAACUACGACGAAAAGUUUAUAACCAACAUCGUCAAUACCCUCCAGGUGGUGCGGAUCAUUCUCAACUUUAAGCCCGACGACUGGAUACUGAGGAACAUCCCAUCGAUCCAAAAAGUUAUCGAAAAAUGUCUCAAGUCAGAAAACCCGGAGCUACAAGAUUGUCUCCAUCUGGCAGACAAGAAAUAUGACGACGGUCGCGACGUCAAGUCCAUAAUCCAGCGGAUCCUUGAUGCUGUGCCAGAGGACGUACCUAUGGAAGAUGCAGACGCUGAAGCCGAACCCGAGGCCCCCACUUCGGAAAUUAUCACUUUCCUGUCUACUAUUGCGACUGAAUCUCUAGCCAGUUCCAACUAUGUGUCGGGUGUCAACAUCUUAUGGUCUUUGGGUCAACGGAAACCCUCGGUUAUCGACCAGCACAUUGUGUCUUUAAUGAAGGCAUUGCAGACGAAACUUGCUAGGGAACAUGUUCAACACUACUCUAGUGUAGCUGCGCACCAGCAGAUGAACAUGGCCGCUAUACGACCUCAAGAUCCAAACGCUCAAACCGGAGAAUUAUCACCGUACGAACUCAAUGUCCAGACCGAUUUAAUGAUCAAGGCAAUCCAGGUGACUGCAAUGCGCAUGGAAAUACUUGGGGAUCAUCGACGGCCAUUCUUGAGCGUCCUGGCGACUCUGGUUGAGAAAUCGCAACAUAUUCCUCUUUGUGAGAAGAUACUCGACAUGGUGGAAGGUUGGGUCUUCCGAUCCGAAGGGACAUGGCCGACGCUAAAGGAGAAGACUGCGGUACUCCAUAAAAUGUUAACUUUCGAACAUAGGAGCGACCCGACAAUGCUAGGCAAAUUCCUGGAGUUGGUAAUCCGCAUUUAUGAAGAUCCGAAAAUAGCACGAACGGAACUCACCGUACGAAUGGAGCAUGCUUUCUUGAUCGGGACUCGAGCACAGGACGUCGAGAUGCGCAACCGAUUCUUAAACAUAUUCGACAAGAGUUUAUCGAAAACAGCAACUGCCCGGCUGUCUUAUGUCAUAGGUUCUCAAAAUUGGGAUACUCUUGCUGACUCCUUCUGGCUGGCUCAAGCUACUCAGCUUCUACUAGGUGCUGUUGAGAUGAAUUCUAGUGUUCAGCUUCAUCAAGAAGACUUCCGAACACUACCGGCAUCUCUUAUUUAUGGCAUUUACUCCAAAGACACCAGGGAGCCGAUGACAAUGAUUGAUGACAAGUAUGACAUAUUCAUGGCUAAUCACCGACGUUUUGUCGCCGAGUUAGGUGAUGUAAAGGUCCGAGAUAUCAUAGAGCCACUAAUGCAACUUCAGCACAUCGACAGCAACCUAUCUCACAGGCUUUGGGUCACCGUAUUCCCGAUGUUCUGGUCUGCUGCCGCUAAGGAUGAGAAGACUGAGCUAGAGAAAGCACUGGUAGUACUUCUCACCAAGGACUUCCACUCUCGUCAAAUCGACAAACGGCCUAAUGUUGUGCAAACUCUGCUAGCCGGCGCCGCCAAAGCGUGGCCGGAGUGCAAGAUACCACCGCAUAUCCUCAAAUUUGGAGCGAAGACCUACGAUGCUUGGUACACAGCAUUAGUGCAGCUUGAAAACGCCGCUAUCAAGCCAGAUGUAGACUCUCCCAAGGUGCGCGAGAGCAAUCUAGACGCAUUGGUUGAACUAUAUUCCAGCCUAAAGGAGGACGAUCUUUUCUACGGUACCUGGCGUCGGCGAUGUCAAUUUGUAGAGACUAACGCGGCGCUGUCAUACGAACAGAACGGGAUGUGGGACAAGGCGCAAAAGAUGUACGAGGCGGCCCAGAUCAAAGCUCGAACGGGUGUUAUUCCAUUCUCUCAAGGAGAAUACAUGCUCUGGGAAGACCAUUGGGUGCUCUGUGCGCAGAAACUGCAGCAGUGGGACAUAUUACAAGACUUUGCGAAGCACGAAAACCUCCAGGAUCUUCUAUUAGAGUGCGCUUGGCGAGGUAUCGAUAUGUGGCAAACCCAAGAACAACGCGACAGCCUAGAUAUGGUCAUUAAGGGCGUCAUGGAUGCGCCAACAGCCCGGCGAGCAUUCUUCCAGAGUUUCAUGUCCUUGCUGAAAUUUCACAAUAAACAGGAGACUGGCCAGGACUUUUCACGUGUCUGUGAUGAGGCCAUACAGUUAUCCAUCAGAAAGUGGCAUCAACUUCCGAAGCGUCUGACCGCUGCUCAUAUUCCCCUACUUCACAACUUCCAACAGCUUGUCGAACUGCACGACGCUAGUGUCAUCUGCCAGAGCCUUGCGAAUACAAACCAAACCAACCUGGAUGUGAAGUCUGGCGAGUUGAAACUCCUUCUCGGAUCUUGGAGAGACAGGUUACCAAACAUUUGGGAUGACAUAACCGACUGGCAGGAUUUGGUUACCUGGAGACAACACAUUUUCGGGUUGAUUAAUAAUACCUAUCUUCAGCUUCUGCCCCAACAAGGUCAAGGCGCUAAUGGCGCUUCAUUCGCGUAUCGCGGUUAUCAUGAGACAGCAUGGAUUAUCAACCGCUUCGCCCAUGUUGCCCGUAAGCAUAAUUUACCAGACGUGUGCAUUGCCCAGCUCAGCCGUAUUUACACUCUUCCUAAUAUCGAAAUUCAAGAAGCCUUUUUGAAGUUAAGAGAACAGGCCCGGUGUCACUAUGAGAAUCCUGCGGAGCUCUCAAGUGGACUAGAUGUGAUCAAUAAUACCAAUCUCAACUAUUUCAACAACCAACAAAAGGCCGAAUUCUUCACUUUGAAGGGUAUGUUCCUGGAGAAGCUCAACCAAAAGGAAGACGCGGAUGCGGCCUAUGGUACGGCGUUAUAUUACGAUAUCGGAAAAGCCAAAGCUUGGGCUGAAUGGGGUUACUUCAACGACCGUAAAUUCAAAGAGGAUCCCACAGACUUGAACUCGGCUAGACAAGCCCUAACCUCGUACUUACAAGCCAUUGGCAGCUACAAGAGCGGCAAGGCACGGAAACUUAUUGCACGCAUCCUCUGGCUUCUGAGUUUGGAUGACUCCAAUGGAACCAUUGCUGCGGGCUUUGAUGAUUAUAAGGGAGAAACUCCGGUCUGGUAUUGGAUCACGUUCAUACCGCAACUUCUAACCGGCAUGGCUCAUAAGGAGGCACCCAGAGUCCACGCGAUCCUUCUGAAAAUAGCCAAGGCCUACCCGCAGUCCUUGUAUUUCCAAUUGAGGACGAACCGCGAAGAUAUGCUUGCCAUCAAGAAGAAUCAGGAGGCUAAGGAGAAAGUACGGCAACGAGCACAGUCGGCGGCAGCUGGCGGAAAGCCGGGCAAUUCGCCGUCGCUUACCAAACAAGACAAUCCCCAGAUGAAGCCAGAGUCCUCUUCUAGGCCCGCAACCGCGAACGGUGAAACCAAUCCUCAAACGAAGCCUGAAGCAUCGGAUAUCAGCGGGGCAGCCAGCAGCACGCAAGCAGGUAACGCGGACCCUCAGCAAGCAGGGAAAGACGGCGCAUCGGCUACGCCACAGAAACGGCCGCCUUGGGAGCUUACAGAGGAGAUUAUGUCUGUUCUGAAAACAGCAUUUCCUCUUCUUGCUCUCUCCAUGGAGACCAUGGUGGACCAGAUUCAAAAAUAUUUCAAGUGCCCGCCCGAUGAAGAUGCGUAUCGCCUGAUCAUAGCUCUACUGAACGACGGUCUGGCGGACGUGAAACUACCAUCAGGUACCGAGACGAAUAUCACCCGCUUUGCCGAGACGAUCCUCCCUUCACAUAUCAAGAAGUCAUUUGAAGCAGAUUUUGUUGAUGUGAAGCCAACGAUGUACGAAUACAUUCACAAACUUCGCAAAUGGCGAGACAAGUUUGAAGAAAAGCUUGAUCGCAGGAACCCGAGAGCAUAUUUGGAGGCAUACUCGCGUCACUUAAGCGAGUUCCGUUACCUGAAAUUCGAUGACGUCGAAGUGCCUGGUCAAUACUUGCAGCAUAAGGAUAAGAACCAGGACUUCAUCCGUAUUGAUCGAUUCCUUCCUAAUGUGGACCUUGUUCGAGGGAUUGGUGGUUCCCACCGGCGACUGAAGAUCCGUGGUCACGACGGUAGUAUUCACUCGUUUGCUGUUCAGCAUCCAGCUGCGCGACAUUGCCGACGAGAGGAGAGGAUUCUUCAGUUGUUCCGACAGCUAAACCAGACACUCGCCAAGAAGAAGGAAAGCCGGCGUCGCGACCUACAAUUCACGGUACCGUUGGUGGUCCCUCUUGCUCCUCACAUUAGAAUUGUGCAAGACGACCCGUCCUAUAUCACGCUUCAGGGCAUUUAUGAAGACCAUUGUCGACGUAACAACAUGCCCAAGGAUGAGCCCGUCAUGUUUACCAUGGAAAGAUUGAGAGGUUUGAUUGAACCUAAGGGAUCUAAACCUCCAGAGCAAACUGCUACAGCGCGCCUCGAGGUGUUCACAGCCAUCCAGGAGAAAUGGGUUCCUCGUACUGCCGUUCUGGAAUACUUCCAGAAAAUAUUCCCCGAGUUCUCUGAAUUCUGGCUCUUCCGACGUCGGUUCUCGUAUCAACUAUCGGCCCUCACCUUCAUGACAUAUAUCCUUUAUAGUACCAAUAGGUAUCCCCAUAAGAUGCACAUUGCUCGCGGCUCAGGGAAGAUCUGGGGCUCCGAGGUGAUGUCGUACAUGGCACCCGGAAAGCCCUUCUUCCAUAAUCCAGAGCCUGUACCUUUCCGUCUCACACCCAACCUGCAGACCCUGAUGGGCCCUCUGGCUACGGAAGGUAUAUUCAGCUGUUCUAUCAUGGCGAUCGCGCGCUGCCUUACAGAGCCUGAGUUUGAACUCGAGCACGCGCUCACCCUCUUCGUUAGAGACGAGGUAAUAUUCUGGUUUACCAGUAGUCAUCGGACUAUUCACCUCAACGAGAACCAAUUGCGCGAAACAGUGCAGACCAAUUGCGACAUGAUUGUCAAGCGCGCCGUGAGCCUGGCUCAGAGUCCGGUUGGAAACUUGCCGGCGAACCAGACAGUCAUCGAUCUCAUCGCCCGAGCUGUUAAUCCCAUGAAUCUGGCGCAGUGCGAUGCUCUCUGGAUGCCUUACCUAUAA